AUGCAUAUUGACAUGACAUGUUCGGCUGAAAAUAUAACAUGUUCGGCUGGAAAUAUGACGGUCAAUCUCUCAAUAGCACCUGUCGUGCAUAGUUCGAGUUCAGAGUUGGUUUAUACCGGUGACUUCAGGCAAUCUUAUACCACGAAUUUAAAACUUCACUGGGUUUUUCGAUGGUCACGGUUGCGAUGGUCGGCUCGAAAGUUACGGUCAAGCCGUCAAGGAUUAAAAGAACUUUUAAAUGGAUCUGGUAUCUGGUGUGAUAUUAGUAUAUCACUGGAUCAGCAUUUAUACAUUUUUAUGAUUUAG